ACCAGUACACCAGUACAAUGCGGCUUUUUCUUAGUUACAUGUGGAUGUACCGCAGGCUUUUACUGAUCGUGUUAACACCACUUCUUCUAUUACCAUUACCACUCAUCAUAAGAACAAAAGAAGCAGAAUGUGCAUAUGUGCUCUUCGUAGUAGCUGUGUUCUGGUUAUCAGAAGCAUUGCCUCUUUCAGUGACUGCCUUCAUUCCUGCUUUAAUGUUUCCAUUGUUUGGGAUUCUACCAUCUAAAGCAAUUGCAUCUACAUAUUUUAAAGAUUUUCAUCUCUUGCUGACGGGGGUGAUCUGUUUGGCAACCUCUAUCGAAAAAUGGAAUUUACACAAAAGAAUUGCCUUAAAGAUGGUGAUGCUGGUGGGAACAAAUCCUGCAUGGUUAAUGCUAGGAUUUAUGUUCAGCACUGGCUUCCUUUCCAUGUGGCUUAGCAACACCUCCACAGCUGCUAUGGUGAUGCCAAUAGUGGAAGCUGUAGCUCAGCAAAUCAUUAAUGCUGAGGCUGAAGUUGAUGCCAUGCAAAUUAAUUCAUCCGACGGCAUUCACAAUGAAGUAUUUGAACUUGACGAAAACAACACUGAAAUGGGUACAAAAUGUGAUGUGGAGAAACAUGUUAAUGGGUACAGUAAUGGGACAGUGGCAAUAUAUAACAAUGGAAAAUGCAUGGCUGAUGAAGAGCAUCAAGAUGAGACCUGCAGUCAACAAGAAAAGGAAAUACCAGAGGUUCAAUCAGCAACAGAAAAAAUCUACAGAAGCAAAAAGGACCACAUGAUGUGCAAAGCAAUGUGUUUGUGCAUUGCAUAUUCAUCAACAAUUGGAGGACUUACCACCAUUACUGGAACAUCGACUAACUUGAUUUUUGCUGAACAGUUUCAAACGCGCUAUCCACUAAGCACAGAGAUUAAUUUUGGAACAUGGUUUCUUCUCUGCAUUCCAAUCACCAUCAUUUUAACUAUACUUUCCUGGUUAUGGAUUCAGUGGCUCUUCUUGGGAUUCAACUUUAAAGAGAUGUUUAGAUGUGGCAAGGAAAAAACAGAAAGGGAAACUGCUUCCGCAAAAGUCAUUCUGGAGGAAUACAAAAAACUUGGCUCUGUGAGCUAUCAGGAAAUUAUGACCUUCAUCCUUUUUCUUCUAAUGGCUCUGCUGUGGUUUACUAGAGACCCUGGAUUUAUACCUGGGUGGUCUACACUAUUUCCUAAGUACAAAGGCUAUGCUACGGAUUCAACAGCUGCUUUGCUUUUGGGUCUUCUUUUCUUUAUCAUCCCUGCAAAUCCAUGGAAAAUAAAAACUUCUGGCAAAAUCAAUUCUUUUGAUUAUGCCCCGCUUAUUACAUGGAAGGAGUUUCAAGCUUGUAUGCCAUGGGAUAUUGGAAUUCUUGUUGGUGGUGGAUUUGCACUGGCUGAAGGAUGUGAGGUGUCUGGACUGUCACAGUGGAUAGGGAACAAGAUGACUCCACUCGGCUCACUCCCUGUAUGGAUUAUUGUGCUCAUUGCUUGCGUAAUUGUGACCUCGGUGACGGAAGUAGCCAGCAAUCCUGCAACAAUAACAAUAUUUCUACCUAUAUUAGCACCACUGGCUGAAGCAAUCUCUGUGAAUCCACUCUAUAUACUCAUCCCCACAACUCUAUGCACCUCUUUCGCCUUCCUUCUUCCAGUAGCAAACCCACCAAAUGCUAUUGUCUUUUCUUAUGGUCAUCUACAGGUCAUGGACAUGGUAAAAGCUGGCUUGGGCAUCAAUAUUUUAGGAGUCCUUGUAGUAAUGCUAUGUAUAUCAACAUGGGCCAUUCCAAUGUUCAGUCUGAAUAUUUAUCCAUCUUGGGCAAACAGCACAGUUCUGGCUACAACAGCUUUUACCACAACAAUGUGAAAUAGAAAAUUACCACAUUUGGAUCAGUGUAAGAACCGUCAUCACAAUGGCAGACAAUGUUAUGAAAUGCACUGGUUAUUUUAAUUAAGUAAUUUCAUUAUGUAUGACAGUGAGUAGCAGCUUACAAGCUUGAGUGCCUCGUCCUCUGCAACAAUCUGCAACACCAAAUCAACUCAUUUUUGUCUGGGGCAUACAGAGGAGAGGCAUUCUGAGAAGUCUGCCUCUGCGUCGCACAGUUAGCUGUCUUCUGCAUUCAGUAGAUGCUUAAAAAUGGAAUUUCAUUAGCAGUGCUCAGCUAAAGUGUUGUUCUGGGAACAUUUGACAGGCUGUUUUCUAAUACAUUUAACAUAAUUCCCUAAUAAACUAUACUACAAAAACACUUAAAAUUACUAACACUACACAUAAAAAAAAAA